GGGGUGUCUACAUGGUGUGUGAUAGAAUGACUAUAGAUAAUCUUAUCUACGCUAUCCAGAAAGAUUGGUAAGUUCUGAUGUACUUGAUGUAAAUUUUGGCUUGUAUCAUGUGGUUUAAAUUAAAUACGCUUAUAUGUACUGACAGGGGGUUGAAAUUGUAAAAAGUUAAUAUGUUGGAAAAUUGUAUGCAAAAGCAGAAUAAAAUGCUUGAGAUACUGAGAUAUUUUAAGGCUUUACAGUUUAUCAUUUUAAUUUUUUUCUGUUACCUUUGGCAAUUGUCUGGUCAUCAGAUAAAAAUGUUGGUCGUAUUUGGCUUGGCGCCCAUGUCAUCUCAACCCCUAGCUGUAUGUACAACAUUCUUUACUUUACAGGAUGCGAAUUUGUACAAGUAUAACCGAUGCCGAAGUUGAAAGAGCUCGUAAUAUUUUGAAAACAAAUAUGUUAUUCCAUCUUGAUGGUAUGUUUUUGAUAUGUUUCAUAUAUUUCUUGUUGUAUACUCGUAUGUAUUUAUUAUCUAAAGUUAUACAGACCUGGAUUGAGAUUUCUAGAGUGAGAUCUCUGGAUAAGGAUCUUGAGGAACAUUUGUCUUACCAAGAAGAUUGAGGAACAUUUUCAUCUUUCACACGCACGUUAUGGGAGAAUUAUUAUAUCAUCAGGGCUCAAAAUAACGGCCGGUUAACGGACAAUAACCGGCCAAAAAUGCCUCUUAUAACCGGUCACGUUUUUAACCUCACCGGUCAUUUUGACCGGCCACAUUUUCAUGCCUUCCAAUGUGAUUGCUGACGUCUUGAAUGAAAACAUGAAACUAUGAUGUGUCGAAACAAGUUUCUAAUAGUUUGUUUCACUGUUAGUGCAAACGUAUCAAUGACCGGUCAAAAACAGAUUUUGACCGAGCUAAAAUCAAGUUGACCGGCCAUUUAUAGACCUAUCUCCCGUUAUUUUGAGCCCUGUAUAUAUAUCAUACUUAUUUGAGACCGUGAACUGAAGAGAUGGAAAAAGUGUCUGAACCUGGGAACCCAGAACGUUUUGGGGGUCUACGUUUUUUCAGAAAUUUUCACAGACAUUUCUUUGAUGUUUGAUAGCUAAUUCUGAAAAUUACACUGAUUGAAUCUAAAUUGCCAAAUACCUCAUUAUUGAAAUGACUGAGUACCUAAUUAAUUUGAGGGUCUACAUUUUUGCAGAAAUUUUCACAGACAUUUUUUUGAUGUUUUAUAGCCAAAUUCUGAAAUUUACACUGACUGAAUAUCUAAUUUACUAAUUGCCUGAUUAUUGAAAUGAUUCAAUACCUAAUUAAUCUACUAACUUGAUACCUAAAUAACAGCGGAACAGUUCAGAACGACAAUAUUCAUAUAGCCUGCAGUAAUAAUUUGUUUUCAAUCCUGUGAGAUUGUAACUACUUCAGGAUUUAUCUUGUAUGCCUUACCAGUCUUAAAGACAUAUUUCUUCAUUUGACAAUAUAAGGAUAAUUUUGACGUUUCGAGCGAAGGCUGAUCGUUCUGUCGAAACGACGAAAUUCUCCUUAUCAGGUAGUUACAUUCCUACCAACGAAAGCUUGUUCAUUUUAUUGGCACUACCUAUACACUGGCAAAGACAGUUCAAAAAAGUCGCAUAUUGUAAUCUUUGCAGAUAAUUUUGAGCACUAUCUGCUUCCAUGAAAGAAAAAAGGUGUUCAAACCUUGUAGGGUACCUCGUGUCUUAUUGUUUGUUGGCCUAGUGUAUUUAUAUUAUGCUAUUGUUAUUCAUGUAGUAUAUGUAUUUAUACUGAAUCUUUAAAAAAUAAUAAAUAAAUAAAAACAUUUUCCAUCUCUGAUCACAACCACAAGACAUUAUUUCCAUUUUUCCACAAUCUUACUCUAUUUUUCUUUCGAUAGGUUCAACUCCAAUUUGCGAAGAUAUAGGCAGGUGAGUUGAUCAAAUAUAUUGAGUGAUAAGAAACAAACUCGCUUAUAUCUCAAUUUAUCCAUGUCCGUUUCUUAAAUAGACAAAUGUUGACCUAUGGUCGUCGAAUCCCACUUCCCGAACUAGAUAAAAGAAUUGACGUAAGUUGUAUUUACUUUCUGUUCUUUUUUCUUUCAACAAGCCGUCGACAAGUUGUGUUCGCACUGCUUGUCCCAAGUUGUCAACAAGUUUGAAACAAGCUGUUAUCAACUUGUAACAACUCUUGUUGAUACAAAACUGGGGACAAACAUUGCGAACACAUCCUGAUAUCGGAUUGACAACAACCUUGUCACAACUUGUUUGCAGAUCUGUAAUAACUUGCGCGUGUUUACGUGGGAUUGCACGCAGGGUAGAGCCAUAACGGCAACAUAGCGCCACGAGGCAGUUUUCUGUAGUUGGUUGUUGUUCAUCACAUGUUUUGCGUUUGUUGUUCAUCACAUGUUCGUUUUUGUUUCUAGAUGAUUGAUGCGAAGACUGUGAGAGAAGUUGCAACAAAGUAUCUUUAUGAUCGAUGUGUUGCCGUUGCUGCUAUUGGUCAGUUGUUAUUUUUUGUUAUCUAUUCAGUGCAUGUUCGUAAAACUACGCAACUUUGCUGUUUCAUCCAUUGUAUUUGUAAUUGAUGAUGGUGCAUGGCGGUUGUCAUGGUUAUGGUCAUGGUAGUUGUGAUGGGGAUGGAUUUCCAGGGAGGUGCGCACCCCUCUCCUUCUUGGCAAGGGAAGUGCUAAUUUCUUGAUCAAAUCCAUUUUUGGAUGAUAGUGGUAGUGAUGAUGGUUGGUGAUAAUGGUAAUACUGAUGGUAAUAUGAUGGUGGAAAUGUGUUGGUAUGGUGGAUUACCACCAUACUGAUGGUAAUAUGAUGGUGGAAAUAUAGUGAUUAUGGUUGUAAUACUGAUGGUAAUAUGAUGGUGGAAAUAUGUUGGUAUGGUGGUAAUACUGAUGGUAAUACUUGAAGGUAAUAUGGUGAUGGUGAUGAUGGUAAUACUGAUGAUAAUAUGAUGGUGCAUGGUAAUAUGGUGACUGAUAGUAAUAUGAUGGUGGUAAUAUGGUGAUGAUGGUAAUACUUGGUGGUAAUAUGGUGAUGAUGAUGAUGGUAAUACUGAUGGUAAUAUGAUGGUGGAAAUAUGUUGGUAUGGUGGUAAUACUGAUGGUAAUACUUGAAGGUAAUAUGGUGAUGGUGAUGAUGGUAAUACUGAUGAUAAUAUGAUGGUGCAUGGUAAUAUGGUGACUGAUAGUAAUAUGAUGGUGGUAAUAUGGUGAUGAUGGUAAUACUUGGUGGUAAUAUGGUGAUGAUGAUGAUGGUAAUACUGAUGGUAAUAUGAUGGUGGAAAUAUGUUGGUAUGGUGGUAAUACUGAUGGUAAUACUUGAAGGUAAUAUGGUGAUGGUGAUGAUGGUAAUACUGAUGAUAAUAUGAUGGUGCAUGGUAAUAUGGUGACUGAUAGUAAUAUGAUGGUGGUAAUAUGGUGAUGAUGGUAAUACUUGGUGGUAAUAUGGUGAUGAUGAUGAUGGUAAUACUGAUGGUAAUAUGAUGGUGGAAAUAUGUUGGUAUGGUGGUAAUACUGAUGGUAAUACUUGAAGGUAAUAUGGUGAUGGUGAUGAUGGUAAUACUGAUGAUAAUAUGAUGGUGCAUGGUAAUAUGGUGACUGAUAGUAAUAUGAUGGUGGUAAUAUGGUGAUGAUGGUAAUACUUGGUGGUAAUAUGGUGAUGAUGAUGAUGGUAAUACUGAUGGUAAUAUGAUGGUGGAAAUAUGUUGGUAUGGUGGUAAUACUGAUGGUAAUACUUGAAGGUAAUAUGGUGAUGGUGAUGAUGGUAAUACUGAUGGUAAUAUGAUGGUAGCAAUAUGACGAUGAUGGUGGUUAUUAUGCUGAUGAUAAUAAAAGUGCCAAUUCAGAGUACAUUAUAAUUUAUGAUCGCACAUUUGUUCAAUUUAUUUAUGCGUAUUAAUCUGCGUAUCUCAUAUAUAGUAAAGUACACUAUUGUAAUUUUAGGAUUAAAUCUGUCAGGCACUUAUACACUCUUUUUGCUAUGGACAUUUGGUACAAUUGUACCGUGAACGCACAAUUCAACUAUAACGGCCCCUAUAACGUCAUUAUACUUCAUUUUCAGGUCCUGUGGAACAACUGCCCGACUACAAUCGUCUACGAUCUGGCAUGUACUGGACAAGAAUAUAAGAGACUAAAAACAUUGAGAUAAUCUGUGGGUUUAUUCCCUUGUUAUGCCGUUGCUUCUCGGUAGAAUUUCUACGAAACGAAAUUUUCAUUGUAAGAUAUGAUGAUAAAGAUGAAUACUGAUGUUGAAAAAUUUUAUAAACCAAGAUGUUUAUUCCUUCUAUUUUAAUUAUUGCAGCCAAAUAACUGGAAACCUCAUUUUGGGGUGGUCUUUUUAA